GUGGAAAAGGCAGAAGACUGGGCAGCCAUGGCGGCAGUGGCGGUUCCUUCCCAAAAGUACUCUGAGGUUUUGCGGGAGCAGCUGCAACAUGUGUACAAUACAUUGCUUGAACAGCACAAUGUGGAGACAGAACAUUUGCGUAACUCGAUUUGGAUGCUGCAAAACCAACGCAUUUCCGGUAAGACAGAGGAUGGGGGCGAUGGGGACGACGGGGAACAGGAACUCUCCAGUGUCUUGGAAGGUGUGCAAGUGGCAGAGUUGGACAGCAGCUUUAACGAGGUGUCCUUUUACAAGUCUGACCGAGCACUGGAGAAUUGGGCACAACUCUCUGAAUUGAUUCUGUGCAAUCAAGAGUAUUUGAGUAAUUUGAGUAUGCGCCGUGAUGAAUCUGAAAGAGAGGAAGAAGUCAUGGACAAAGGGUCCGAAGCUGCUCAGCUCCAAUUUAUUGAUGGACUUCAAAUGCGCAAAGCAUGGACGGUCGGGCUCCAGGAGGCCUCAAUGAUCAAUCGCAAUAGGAACUAUCGCGUAUCCAAUGCCGGCAGCAGUUCCACAAUGCGAAUGAAUGACAUUUUGAAAGAUCCCUCCAUUUUACAACCCUUUGUCCUUGGGCCUCGCAAUGGUAUCCAACUGCUUUGGUCCUUUGUGGGAAGUAUUUUCAUUCUUUGGGACCUCGUCACCAUUCCCUUGGAAAUGUAUGAUAUUCCGAAAUUUCUGGCUUUUCUGGAAGUCUUUGGAUAUGUCACUUUCGGCUUUUGGAUUCUGGACAUGCCAACUCAUUUGAUCUUUGGUCGUGAGAUUAAUGGUAAAGUAGAGCUACGACCUUGGAAGUUAGCUCGAGAGUACUUGUACAGUUGGUUCUUCUUGGAUUUGUUGGUGAUUUCGAUUGACGUGGGGCUCAUGCUCUUACAGGAAGCCAUGAGUGGUGGUUGGAGGUCUGCCCGUUUCCUACGGACUUUGCGCUUGUUGCGGUUGUUGCGGCUGUUGCGAGUGGCCAAGUUGCAACAGCAGCUCACCCUCUUGGCCAACCGCUUUUUGUCCGCACAUGCGUUCAUGGUGAUGAAAGUUGUGGCGGGGCUUUUGAUGAUUUUGGCCAUCAAUCACAUCAUCGCAUGUUGCUGGUUCGGCAUCGGAUCUCAUGCUGAAGUGGAUGGAAAGAGCUGGAUUUUGCGCUCUGACUUGAAUAAAGACGACUUUGCAGAGGCCUAUGCAGCUUCCAUUCACUGGGCCUUGACACAAUUCACUCCGGCCACGAACAACAUCGCUCCGGACAAUGCAGUGGAAAGGUUCUUUGCCGUGUGGGUGAUCCUGCUGGCCAUGGGCGUUUUUUCCUCUUUUAUCAGCUCUAUUACAAGUACGGUCAGUUCUUUGAGAACAUAUAGACAGGAGCAGUCCAAGAAGCAAUCACAACUCUUGCGCUUCUUCAACGAGAGGAAUUUGUCAACUGACUUGUACAGCAGAGUUCAAGAGGUGGUCCGGAGACAAGGUCUUUUUGAAGUUAGACUCAAAGAGACAGAGGUGACAUUGUUCAGCGGAGUGCCUCAACGGCUUUUGAUCCUUAUGCACGAGGAGAUGUUCUUACCUUCAGUCAAUGCUUUGGGUUUUUGGCCAAUGUGGAGCCACUUCGAAGAUCAGAAUUUCUUCAGGGAUGUGUGUCAUAUUGCCAUAAAAGAGCAUGUUGUGACCCCUGGACAAGAUGCCUUCAUGCCUGGCACAGAUUGCCAGGAGGUGUAUGUCAUACAAUCAGGCACCAUGCAAUAUUCAGCCAAGCCAAGGGCAUCAUCACGAAAUUAUGAAACAGUUCGGGAGGUUGCCAAGGAAGCAGACGUGCUGUGUAUGCCAUGUUUCUGGGCAGAUUGGCACCAUCGCGGAAGAAUGACUGCUGAGAAUGCCGCAUGCUACUACAUUGGGGUUCAUGCUGAAUGUUUUUGCAAUUUAGCAACCAAAAACGGCGGGCCCCUGUGGCAAUUUUUGCAGAUCUUUGGAAUUCUGCUGGUGGGUCAUAUUGAGGGUAUGGAUGAGGAGCACACACUCAUGACAGACUUGGGCUUGCCUGAGGAAGAAUUUGCCAAGCUGACCUUGCGCGCACAGGAAUUCGCAUGUACUGUCCGAGACAACCAUAAGCUUGACGUUCACAGCCAAACGAACGCUUUGAACCCUUUAAAGAAUUUGACAAAGCCAUCUUUUUCACGCUCGUCAACUCAGGGAACUCAAAGUGAAAUUCUUCAAUGCCGAAUGUAAUCGACUCACCAAAAGGUGAAGAAUCGAGGCCAAUCGUAGAAUAUCGAAGUAGUUUUGGAUGUAAAAUGCAUCCAAAAUCGUUGCGCCUGUCGAACAGCACAGGGCCCUGUUACAUGCGAUGUAUUUUGCCUUUUCACUUGACCGCAAGAAAUUGU